AUGGGAGGGAAGAAAGAAAGAAAGGAAAUAGAUUUACCAAAUAUUUAUGGGAUCCCCUGCCACUUGUUCGGAGGGGUGGCAGGCCUGCCGUCGGGCCUGCACGUGGGCCGCUCCAACACGCGGCAGGUGGCCGAGCGGCGGCUGGGCGACGUGCAGGCCUUCCUCACGUCGCUGUUCGGCCUCGCCGACGAGAUCGCCCACUCGGACCUCGUCUACACGUUCUUCCACCCGCUGCUGCGGGACCAGCAGGACGUCGAGCCGCAGAGGAUGAAGCACCGAGGCGAGUCGCAGGAGGCGGAGAGCAGCGGCUCCGGCUCGCUGAAGCUGUCGGUGCAGUACGCGGGCGGGGUGCUGUCCGUGCUCAUUCUGCACGCGCAGUCGCUGGCCGCCACGCCCCAGGGGCUGCCACCCAACCCCUACGUCAAGGUGUACCUGGUGCCGGACCCCACCAAGGAGACGAAGCGCAAGACGCGCGUGCUGAAGCGCAACUCGCACCCGUCCUUCAUGGAGAUGCUGGAGUACCGGCUGCCGCUGGAGGUGGUGCAGGCCAGGAGCCUGCAGGCCACCGUGUGGCACUACGACUCGCUGCAGGAGAACCAGUUCCUCGGCGGCGUGGUGGUGCCGCUCGGCUCGAUACCGCUCCGCGACGAGACCGUGGCCUGGUACCCGCUCGAGUACAUCCCGCGG